AUGUUUGCAGAAAGUUUGGUGUUGGUCACCGUGAAUCGUGAUGAUCAGUUCCUUUUUCGUGAUUCGUCACUGCCGAUUGCUAUUCGACUGGAAGACCUCCUGUCUCGUUUGACAAACGAAGAGCUAAUUGGUCAAAUAUCCAAGGGUGGCGCUGGGCCGCGAAACAGUCCCGCACCACCGAUCCCCCGACUGGGCAUUGCCUCAUUUCAGUGGCGUUCUAAUCCCGGCGACGGCCCGGGAACAUCAUUUCCAUUACCCAUCAACCAAGCGGCCACGUUUGACAAGCAGACUGUACUCAGAGUGGCCCAGGCCAUGGGUCUCGAAAAUCGAGCCAAGUGGAACUAUUUCAGUAAAAAAGGGAUCUAUGAGGAUGGGAUUGGGAUCAAUCUGUUCGCCCCGGUGGCCAAUCUUAUGCGUCAUCCGCUAUGGGGUCGUAAUCAGGAAACCUACGGUGAAGAUCCGUAUUUGGCUGGCCAGCUGACUCGGGCGUUUGUGCGGGGCUUGGGAGGAUGGAAUACCGUGGAGGAUGAGUUGGACAUCGUCUUUGCAUUCUUUCGUCCACCUUUACCCCUAUCCCUUAUGGACCCGUGUGACUCCCAAAAGCUGAGCAAACCGAAUCCGUUGCGCACACAUCAACUACUGGUGGGUGCUACGUGUAAACAUUUUGCCGGACAUACUGGACCCGAAGACUAUCCCACAUCUCGACUAUCGUUCGAGGCCAAUAUCACGGAAGCAGAUAUGUGGCUGACUUAUUUACCGGCAUUUCGUGAAUGUCUACAGGCCGGUGCAAUCGGUGUCAUGUGCGCAUACAGUGGGAUAAAUGGUGUCCCGGAUUGCAUCAACCGCUGGUUACUAAAUGAUAUCUUGAGAGGGCAAUGGGAAUUUCCGGGAUUUGUUGUCUCAGACUGUGGCGCUUUGCAGUUUGUCUUGAGCGAACAUCGUCUGUUCGAUGGCAACACCACCCUAGUCGCGUUGGCUGCUGUGCAUGCUGGUAUGAAUUUGGAAAAUUCCGUCUCCUAUCUACCGUACAUUUUCACGGAGCUUCCGGUACUUGUACAGGGACAAAACAUCACACGGGACGAUUUGAUUCGAAUGGCUACANCACCUCUGUUUCGUGCCCGAUUUCACCUGGGCGAAUUCGAUUCAACGGACGAGGAUUUGUACCGAAAGUUGGAUCCAACAAUGUUCGUUCAGAGUCCGAUUCAUCAUCAGCUCGCUAUGGUAUCAGUCGCGCGAUCCAUUAUCUUGUUACAUCACCGUGAUCAAUUUCUACCCAUCCAGUCGACUUUGGGACGAAAUUCACCACCACUGAAUCACAUCCUUGUUAUCGGGCCUUUUGCGACAGAAGUAGAAGAACUUUAUGGCCUGUAUCACAAUAUCAGAGUGCCCGAAUUCGAAGUUCCCGUGGAUAAAGGUAAGGUAUUGAGGAUUGUGUUGCCCACCAUGGAGUUCGAAAUGUCACUAUUCCUAGGUUGA